GUGCAGAUUGGUUGUGUCAUAUUUUCCAGGUACUGCUGGAUAGAGAAAGUUUAUUACUCAUCAGACCAGGAAAAACGACAAUUGCUUGAAAAGAGCAGUUGAACGUUUCGUUGGGGAGUGCAUUGUUUAUAUUUCUCGCUGAGGUCGAAUGCCCGUUUUUUAAUAAUAAUAAAGUAUUUUUGCGAUUCCGAAUUCUUGUACAACCUUCGUCAUGUCAGAUGACAGUAAUGAACGGCCUUCUUGUCGCUUUGAAGAGUCAAAUCGUUCAUCGGACGACAGCUCCAUGUCGUUGUGGACGAAAGCUCAGCAACUACAAGGCGAUGCGCUCCUCCAGGUGCGCGCCGUUUAUGGAGAACACUUUCCAAUUGAAGUUCGACAUUUUUUGGCAGCAUGGUUAGAAGAGAAAAUGUGUUUUUUUUCUAGGACUGACAUAGACCCAGAAAAUCCCCAACAUGAGCAAUAUGUUGCCAGCCUUGUCAGUUCACUUAUUCAAGAACUGGAAAUGAAAGCAAACAGUAUGACUACAGAAGAGCUGUUUCUCACAAAACUAAAAUUAAUGGAGGCUGCAAAUACAUUUAGAGAAAGAUACAUGCAUAACCCCCGAAGGUUGUUUGAAAUAAUUCGAAAUUGUCUCAACACCGAAAUGAAGUUGGUGCAACAGGUAGGAAAUGCUAGCCUGGGCCGGGACUUGAUAAUGCCAUGUUUGCCAUUUACCCCAGAUCUUAAUACUGAAAUUGCUCAGCAGCUGGAUUAUUUGAGGAGACAGACCCACGAAACAGGAGAAGAUCUGAGAAGGAUUGAACAGGAGCAGGAAGCUUUUGCCCUGCAGUAUCAUGAAUGCACGAAAGUAAAUGCGCACUUACAACACAUACAAACACAGCAGAGAACUCCACAGAUAAUUGAAAUGGAGAAAAAGUUAAUGAAGCACAAAGAAACACUAGAGCAGUUACUAAAUCAGAAGGUGGCAUCAAUGAUGCAAUUAAGACUGACAUUUGUAGAUAAAUUGAAGGACACGAUAGAAAGUCACCUAACAAAAAUGCAAUCUAGAGUUCUGGAUGAAGAACUAAUUCGAUGGAAAAGGGAGCAGCAGCUUCAAGGAAAUGGGGCACAUUUUAACAAUAACUUAGACAGCAUACAGGAGUGGUGUGAAAGUCUUGCUGAAAUUAUUUGGAUGAAUAGGCAACAAAUAAAAGAAGCCGACAGGUUAAAGCAGAAGUUUGACUUCGAUCCACCCGUGGUUUCUGAGAGACUGCUUCAUCUGAACACAGUCAUCACACAGCUUUUAUCAUCUUUAGUCACAAGCACAUUCAUAAUAGAGAAACAACCACCACAAGUUAUGAAGACAAACACACGUUUUACUUCUACAGUAAGGCUCCUUGUUGGAGGGAAGCUGAAUGUCCAUAUGACCCCACCUCAGGUGAGGGUGACAAUAAUAAGUGAAGCACAAGCCAAUGCACUUUUAAAAAGUGAUAAAGUUUCAAAAGGUGAUGCUAGUGGUGAAAUUCUGAACAACACUGGUACCAUGGAGUACCAUCAGGCUACGAGACAACUUUCUGUCAGCUUCAGAAAUAUGCAGCUUAAAAAAAUAAAACGUGCGGAGAAGAAAGGUACAGAAUCUGUAAUGGAUGAAAAGUUCUCAUUGCUUUUCCAGUCACAGUUCUCAGUUGGUGGUGGAGAGCUUGUAUUCCAGGUGUGGACUCUUUCGCUACCUGUUGUUGUGAUUGUUCACGGCAAUCAAGAACCUCAUGCACAUGCUACUGUUACUUGGGACAAUGCUUUUGCUGAACCUGGAAGAAUACCAUUUGCAGUACCAGAUAAAGUACCAUGGUCAAAAGUUUCAGAUGCUCUCAAUAUGAAAUUCAAAGCAGCUACAGGGCGUUUUUUGACAGAAGAGAAUCUCAGAUUUCUUGCAGAAAAAGCCUUCAGGAAUCCCCAAGUGGCAGACUACAGUGGUAUGCUGCUUAGUUGGUCACAAUUCUGCAAGGAACCACUUCCAGACAGAAACUUCACUUUUUGGGAAUGGUUCUUCGCUGUGAUGAAACUAACAAAGGAACAUUUAAGAGGCCCAUGGAUGGAUGAAACUAUAUUAGGUUUUAUUCGGAAAAGACAAGCAGAAGAAAUGCUUGCUGGACGUCCCAGUGGCACCUUCCUUUUACGCUUCUCAGACUCUGAACUUGGGGGUGUAACAAUUGCUUGGGUUGCAGAUCAAAAUGAUGUCUUUAUGCUACAACCCUUCACCAGCAAAGACUUUGCAAUACGCAGUCUCGCAGAUAGAAUUUCUGAUUUGCAGCAUCUUGUAUAUUUGUAUCCUGACAUUCCUAAGGACCAGGCAUUUGGAAAAUAUUACACACCUUUUACAGAGAACCAACAACAGUCAAUUAAUGGAUAUGUGAAACCUCUGUUGGUGACUCAUGUCCCUGGUUGGGGUGGACCUGGUUCUGUAGGCAGCUACCCAGCAACACCACAGAUGUACCCACAUUCUCCAGACCCCAGCAUCCCCCGAGAUACACCAUCAGUUGCCAGCGCUACCAGUGAGUCAGUCAGUAGUUUACAUACUGUGAUGGAUUUAUAAAAGGAUGUUUGCCAGUUUUACAUCCAUGACAUCAGACACACAGUGCAGCUGGCAAGGAGUGAUUGUAUAAUGGCAUAGACUGAAGUGUCGCCAAGAGAAUUCCGUAAAUUAUUUUAGGAUUAACUGCAGCAUGACAUAGUGGUGAUGCAGUUGGACAUUUUAUGCAUCUGAAUUGUUUUGUUGCAUUUAAAUUUUAACUUUUAUAUUAAAAUAUUUUGUAGAGUAGUAAAAUGUGCAUCUUGUCAUCAGUUUUUGUAUCAUUUUUCCUUUUUUCCUCAUUUUUCAAAAAGGCCUUUGUGUAUUCAUUUUAUGACAUUAAAUUUUCAUUCCCAGUUUGAAAAGAUCUCUUAUUACUGUAUUAAUAUUGUAUUAGAAGUUCCUAAAAUGAAUCUGGGGACUGAUGUUUGUAAACAACCCACUUUUGAACAUAUUUUGUCUACUUACAUGUACUAAUGAAACAUUGUCAUUACUGAGAAGUAAUCAAACUUACUGUGUUAAAUGUUGUGCAUGAUUUUCCAGCCUAAAUUUUCUGCAUUUGUAUUCAUACUACGUGUUCACCAGCCACCAGAAUUUUGGGUCAGUUUUGAAAUAUUCCUUUUUUCAGCUGUUUCAAUUGAGUCAUUAACGAUCGGGAAGUAAUUUGUUGACAGCGGCUGGAAUUUUGAUAGCUGUGAGGACAGACUUUUUUUAUUGUUACAAGACAGCGGUCCAGUUCUCAUGAUGUAGGCUUGUUUUUUGAGAGAGUGUAGGACAAUGCAGUUCUUUCAGCACUGUAGAAAUUGUCUCAGUUCUCAAAAUGGGGAAUCACCCUGUCCUACAUUUCUGUUUAUCACACCGUCCAAAAAUAAUGUUCAUUCUGAUUCCAUUAAGAAACAUAGAGAUUUUCCUCUGUCAGUUUUUCUUUAUGAAUUUGCUCCAAAUAUGUUGCAGUAACAUUUUUUACCAUUUCCCACCAUAUUACAUUAUCUUCAUAAAUGUCAGAUUUUUUUGAGUUAAAUGACUCCUCUCUCUGAGAAAUAGUAUAUGUCAUGUGUUGUGAUAGUAUGCAAUAAUUUUAAGGAGGCCUUCUCUCUUUAAUAUUAUUCAGAACUGGUAUCAGAUGUGAUGUUUAAAGGUUAGAUUUAAUUGUUUGUGUCAGUAAAAAAAUAAAAUCAUGCCCAUUCUCUGCCUAUUUCCAUUUUGCACAACAUGAAUCAAACCUGAUUUGUUGUUCAGAGUAGUGCUGCUUGAGAUAUAUUUGAAGUUGCAUGUUUGAUUUUUCAGUGCUGUGGAUCAGAGACGAAUAGUUUUGGUUUCAUAAUCUUUCAGGAGUAUGUUGUAAAAACUGAAAAUUUGUAUUGUUUCAACAUUUGAAAGGGUAAGAGUAGGCAUAUCUGCUAGAUAUAUAUAAAAGUAAUCAUGCCUGUUGAUACAUGAUGUUUGAAUCAUGUUGUGUGAAAUGAACUGAUAAAAUGGUUACAGUUGUUUUUUAUUGUCAUAGUGUCUUCUCAUUGUGUAUGUCUAUAAGAUGUAAUGUUUUCAUAAACAUUAUUCUAUAUUGUGUAAAUAUUUUUGUAACUAUAGAAUGUUUAAUGUGCGUUGUUUUGUUGUGAGUUGAUAGUUGUAACUUGUCAGGUAUCAGUGAUACCUCAGAAGUUUUAACAAAAUUUUAUUAAAGAAAAGAUGCAAAACAGAAAUAAAGAAAAAAAGAGAACAGGGUAAGUGCGGGAGCAAAACAUGUAUUGUACUUAGAAUUUUUAUUAUUAUAUUGUUUAUAAUAAUAAUGUUUAUCGAAUGAUAUAUGGCAGUAGAAGAAAGAUGUGUAGCUUAGGUAUAUUUGUCUUUCAUGAAAUUUUUGAAAAUUUUAAAAGAAAAUAAAAUAAUACUUUAAUCACAUCAGUAUUUGUGGAGCAUUUAAAGUAAUAUUGACAGUGUUUAUAUUCUAUUUCAAAUUGAAUUCUGAGAAAGCUAACUUUGCAGGAAUGUGUGUACUGUCUUUAAUAACUGGGGUGUGUUUUAUGUGUGAGGAGGUAAAUAAUUAAUGCUUAGUUUAAUAUAGUUGAUGAUUUUCACAAAUUAAAUAUCAAAUUCUUUUGCAUCGAUGUAAUGUGAACUUGUCAAUUCUCACGUGCACCUAACAGCUGUAUUAUGUAAUAAAGACUUUCUUUUUCGUAUGUCAAGAAGUACAACCACAUAGGAGAGGUCACUGUUCCCACAAGAAUAAUUGAAUAUAUGAAUAUUUCCACGAUUAUUUAGGUUCCUUGAGCGGUAAUCUAAUGUAUGUAUGGUGUCAGAAAUAGCCGUUCUUUUACUCUCCAUCAAGCUACAUGUGAAUUUACUUGUUGCCUUCCACUACCCUACCACUCUGUCCACACACACACACACACACACACACACACACACCAUCUUCUUCCUUGCCCUUGUUUGGAACACUCCCUCCCUCCCUCUCUCUCUCUCUCUCUCUCUCUCUCUCUCUCUCUCUCUCUCUCUCUAGCCUCUUUAGUUGCAGUAUUCAAAGUGCUGUACAAGGUUCAUCAUGCAUUAAUUGAAACUUUCCAAUAGACCCAGGUUCUCCUCGGAAUGUGAUGGGAAACUGAAUGCAAUUUUUGAAGAGAGUUUGAAACUUUGCUUUCUGCCCUCUGUAUAAGUUUUGCUACCUUCUAACUAAUAUAUUUCUUCGUACUUUGUGCAUGACAACAAAUAAAUAGUCUGGUGACCAGUGAGUGCAAGAUGUAUGCAAUAUUCAUAACUUGUUAGCAUUGGUUUUCUUUUCAUAAGCUGCUUUUAGUUCUGAUGAAGUUGUUUCUGAGAUUACAGUUGAAGACUGUAUAUUUGCCUGUGCUGAGUUUUUCCUAUUUCUAUGAUGCUGUGAUGAUGCUUGCCUGUGCUGAGUUUUUCCUAUUUCUAUGAUGCUGUGAUGAUGCAGUAUAAUUAUAAUGUAGUUUGCAGUAAUUGCACAGGGAUUUAAGCACUGGAUAAUGUAGUUUGCAGUAAUUGCACAGGGAUUUAAGCACUGGCUGCUGCUUUCCUGAUACUUUAAGAAUGCUUGAUACACAUGCUAUGAACAUACAGAUUGUUAAAUUCCACAUGAAGUUUAAUGGCCUGUUGAGGUGAACAUCCUAAUUGGAUAAGUUGUUGAAGAAACUGUAUUCACUAUAGUAACAACAUUAACAUCUCAGGUGAUUUCUUCAGGUGCAACUGCUGGUAUCCUGAAACACUGGUUACUUACAUUGUUAAUAGUAGUCCAUUAGUGGAUUAGAUUUCUUUGAGUGGACAAGUGGGUUUCUUAAUAUGAGAUACUAUUGUCUGAUGUGGCUGAAGUAGGUACCACACAAUUGAAACUGAAAGGAGAAUCAAUUUGUACAAGCUGUGCAAGACCACAUGAUGUCUCAUUCAGGUGGCAUCAACUUAUGAUCAUAACUAGUUUUUUUAUUGUAAUUUUGGAGCAUAUCUACAAAGCUGCUCUCGGUCAUUGCUCCUUUGUGUGAUACAUAUACUUUGUUUAUUUCAGAUCAUGGAAGUAUGGAUUUAAUUUUGUCCUUUGAUUGGAUGUACUUAUUGUAAUCAGUAAAUGAAGAUUUUUUGGACCUUCAUAUAAGUGUUUGCAUGCUUUCAGUUUCUCUUUGUUGAUGCAGUGCAUAUGGGAAGACAAUAUAUAUUAUUGAGUAAUUGGAAUUGUGAAUUCAUAUUGCAAAAACACAAUGAGUAUUUCAGGAGAACUUAUAUUUUGUGUGUUGUAGUGAACCUAAAUUCAUUUGCUUCAGGAUUCCUUUCUCUGUACACAUUUAUUUGUGCUCUCCAACAAAUUCUUACAUUGCUCGUCGUCAUAAUCGUGUUUCAUCAUACUCGUGUUUCAUCAUUACUUAUGUCUCCCAUCAGAGUGAUGAAUAAAGCCCUUUCAUUUUUUGAGUUUGUUGAUCUUGAUAAUAGGACAUUAUUCCUUUAACAUGUGCAGUGCUUUGCCACAGAUAGGGCUAUUAAUUAGUCUUUGCAUUGAGACUAGAUAUGCAAGUAAUAAGAUGAAUUAUUUCACUGAUGAUUUUUGUGUGUCAUUGGUACUUAAAAAUGUUUGUUUAGAUGCUUUUAGAUAAGAGAACCACAGAGAACUAGAAAUGGAAAGGCCAUUUUACCAGUGAUUAGUGUUUGGUGUAAUUAUGUUGCAUAUGAUAAGAAAUAUGUCUCUCACUGUUUCAUAGUGUGAGUAGCAGCUUACAGAAAAACAUUCCGUACCUUGUACACCUACUGGAUGUUGAUCCCUCUGUUGGACUUGCAUAGUAGGAAAGGGACCCCCUCCCCUUUUUGUUAUAUAAAUUAUGGCAGGAAUUAUUUUUCUCGAAAUAGGUGAACCAAAUUCUCAGAAACAUUUCCUUUGACUUCAUGUGCAGGUCAUAUUUUUUUUUUUAUUAUAUGGCUCCCUGUAAACAGUCAUGUCAAACUUUCUAAUUAUGAUCUAGAUAUUCUUUAACAAGAACCCAUAGGAACUAAGCACUGCAUUUUUAGUAUCUGGACAGUCUUAAAAUAGUUAAGUGGAAUUGCAGACUAAUUUUUAAAGUAAGAUCCUCGCAGUGCUGUCUUUAUUAAUAUCAAAACAUUUUAUGAAAACUCUAUGCUCCAAGAGCUGUACAGUUUCCCAGAAUGUAUUUCUAGUAGAAGUGUGACAACUGUACAGUUAACGAUGUUCUGCCCAGCAUUGAUGGACCUUCCAUAUUUGUUUAUUUUUAAGAUAUAUAAUCACCUUAUUUUUAAUGAUUCCCAUUAUUGUGUUCUACAGAAUUACUCAUGAAUGUAACUUUUGAAAUGUGCUAUUAAUAUUCCAUCCAUGUUGACUUAACUAUGUAGAAAUGUUAGAUAAAUGUAAUGGAUAUGCCUCAGGUAUUUGGCUCUGGAAAUGCAAUUGAAGAAAACCUGAAAUUCUCCAUGAUUAACAGCAAAGUAUUUACAGAGCCUGACUUGUCAGAGACAAAUUUUACAGUGUGUUGCUAUUACAUAACAGACUUUAAGGCUGACUCUUUGACAAAAUGUAACAUAUCUUUUUAUAUACUUUUCAGUUUUUUAACACUUCAGGUUUCAGAUAUAUCUUGAGAGUUAUUAACUGAAACUUUUGUAAUAAAUAUAUUAUUAAUAUGAUGUUACUGAUUCGUCAGAAUGUUUUUAAUUUUUCCAGUCAAAAAUGUAAAGUCUCCAUUCGUGAUGUUUGUGAUU